AAACCAUACAACCAUGUACUAUUACAGGAGAUGGAACAGCGCGGUUACUUGAAAAAGCUUCGUCGAUUCGGCGGUGCCAGCAUAGGGGCGUUUACUGCUUGUUUCCUCGCCGUGGGACAUGGACCUGAAAAAUUCCUCCAAAUUCUCAAUGACGGCCCGCAAAUCAUCGAUUUGUUAGAUGCAUCACUUGGAAGGUGUAGUAUGGUACCAAACUUCUUCAGACACAUGGGAUGGCAUCCAGGCAAAGCUAUCGACAAGUUUCUUGGUGACUCCAUAGCCGAGAAAAUGGGUAACCCAGAUGCGACCUUCAAGGAUCUUUACGAUAAGACGGGGAAAGAACUGUGUGUCGUGGUAACCAACCUCAGUACGAUGAUGGAGGAAUACUGCCACGUGAAGACCACACCAGACAUGUCUAUGCGAGCCGCAGUCAGAAUGUCCACAUCUAUACCAGGUGUAUUUUUUCCUGUCAAGCGAAGAUAUAUGGACCGAACCGACACGUACAUUGAUGGGGGCGUCAUAUGCAAUUACCCGGUCCAUUGCUUUGAUGGAUGGUGGCUCUCACUGAAGCCGGAAGAUUCUUUCUUCAAGAGGAUGCGCCCUCUACAGGAUGGGGCCAAACUGCUCACCAAGAAGCAGAGGUUUGGAGGUUUCAAUGACAAGACAUUUGGAAUGAUCAUUUAUAGUGACUAUGAUUCACAUGUAUUGCCUACCCACCCGGAUUUACAGGCCAUCAAUAUGCCAUUACCUGACACCGAACUCGUUAGUGCCCAUCAAGCGAUGAAGCAAAAAAGAAAAAUGGACAUGGAGAAACACGAAAAGGUGACGGAAGCUAUGACGCACUUUUGGGAUGCUCUAAGAAUGACCGACCGUGAUGGUGACUCUGAGAUUGUUCGUGAAGAGCUCCGGAACGUCUUCAAGGAUCAAAACGAGUUCACCCAGGAAGAUAUUCUUACCCUGUUCGGCAGGGCCCUUACAGCUGAUGAAGUCUUCAAUCGUCUAGAUGCCAACAAGGAUGGCAAGGUUGUCUACGGUGAAUUGAUGAGGUUUGCUGACAAGAAAGGCGUAGGGCUCCAAACGCAGCACAUUGGAUCUGGUCGGCAAAACAUCAAAAGCCCAGCUGAUUUUGUGACUGGUAUCUUUAAGGCGCUACUUAUGAACGUCAAGCGAGCAUUCCUUGAGGGCGAUGAUAUCGAGCGUACAGUGCUCAUCAACACCGUCUACUACCAGUCUUUCGACUUCGGUUCCGAGCAAGAAGACCUUGAUUUCCUAGUCGAGCAAGGGCGUCGCGGAUUCUUAAAGUUUCUGAAGUACCAUGCGACCAAACCUGCAUCAAAACAAGACCAGGCAUCUUCGUCUUAGAGGGCUAUCUACAUCAGUAACUUUAUAUUUCACGUUGAUUUUUUUAUUAAUAUUUCGCAUUUUAACUCAGUACCAGAAGUUCUUCGUGUGAUCCCGCACAGUCACACAGUUGUAUGUAUACACAGGUAAAUGGUCACACAGUUGUAUUCAAACGGGUACCAGGAUAAUGAGAUGUCGUAUGGAUUAACGGUGCUUAUUUUUAUUUUUUAUUUUUUUAUAAACUAAGUUCGUUUUGUAUCUCAUGUUUACUCUAUGCAUAUUUCUGUAUGUAUUGAGGACCCCCUUAAUCAAGCCUUGGCUUUUAGGGGCACCCUGAACAUUUACACUGUAUCAAUAGUGUUCAUACACGCAUGAUUUGUAUACUGUUUUUUUUUGUAAUGGUUUAUUUUUUACGAAUUU